AUGAGUCUCAUAACAGACAGUGAGGAGGGGGGCCCUGCCUCUAAAAGGAGUCGCCAUGGAGACAGAGAGACACAGAGAGCAGGAUCUCUAGUCCCCAGCUGUGUGUCUAUGAAGAGUCAUAACUCCAUGAUGUGGCCCAAAAACUUCAGUGGAGGAACAGUGUCCUCUGAUCCCAGGUGGAGUGGAGGGCUGACCCAGGAUCAGUCCAGGUGUGGUCUGUGUGAGCAGGUUCUGACAGAUCCAGUCUCUACCAGCUGUGGACACAGUUUCUGCAGACAGUGUAUCAGCACGUACUGGGACCAGUCUGGUCCAUCAGGAGACUAUGUCUGUCCCCAGUGCAGAGAGAGAUCCAGAACACCUCCUGUUCUACACCAACACAAAGUCUCCAACUCUACAUCAGAUGAUGUCCUGCUGAGAACUAUUGAGGCUCAUAAAACCAUCAUGAAAAAGAAGUGUGAAUACUUAUUUGAAGGAAACACACUACGAGGAGACCACACCCUCCUCAACAGGAUUUACACAGAGCUCUACAUCAUAGAGGGAGAGAGUGAAGGAGUGAAUGAAGAACAUGAAGUUUUACAGAUUGAGACGGCAUCCAGGACACAAAGUUCACGAGACAUACCAAUCAACUGCAGUGACAUCUUCCAACCCUUGACCACUCAGGAACAUACAGGGAACAGGAAAGAGAAAGAAAUCAGAACUGUGCUCACCAAGGGCAUUGCUGGCAUUGGAAAAACAGUCACUGUCCAGAAGUUUAUUCUGGACUGGGCAGAGGGAACGACCAGUCAGGACAUUGAUUUCAUGUUUGUGCUUCCUUUCCGGGAGUUGAACUUAAUUAAAGAUGAGCACUACAGUCUUCAUGACCUUCUGCUAGAGUUUCAUCCAGAACUGAGAGAUCUGGAUCCAAAGAAAUAUAACACUUGUAAAAUGCUGUUCAUCUUUGAUGGUUUAGAUGAGAGUCGACUUCAGUUGGAUUUUUCUCAGAGGUUGUGUGAUAUGACCAAACCUUCAUCAGUGAAUAUAUUGAUAUCAAACCUCAUUCAAGGAAAUCUUCUUCCCUCUGCACUCAUCUGGAUAACCUCCAGACCAGCAGCCAAUCAGAUUCCCUCUCGGUUCAUCAGUCGUGUGACAGAAAUAGUAGGAUUCAAUGAUUCACAGAAAGAGGAAUACUUUAGAAAAAGAGUCAGUGAUGAGAGUCAUGCCAACAGAAUCAUCUCACACAUCAAAACAUCAAGGAGCCUCCACAUCAUGUGUCACAUCCCAGUGUUCUGUUGGAUUUCAGCCACUGUGCUUCAGGAAAUGCUGCGUCAAGACAAUAUAAAUGGGAUUCCUAAAACUCUGACUGAAAUGUACACACACUUCCUGCUCAUUCAGACAAACAUGAAGAACCAGAAGUAUGAGGAGAGACAUGAGACCAGCCCAAAAAAUCUUCUGGAAUCAAGCAAGGAGAUUUUCCUGAAACUUGCUAAGUUGGCUUUCAAACAGUUGUUGAUUGGCAAUGUCAUGUUUUAUGAGGAGGAUCUGAGAGAAUGUGGCAUUGAUGUGAGUGAUGCCACAGUGUACUCUGGGAUUUGUACGGAGAUCUUUAAGGAGGAAUCUGUGUUUCGUCAAAAGAAGAUCUACUGCUUUGUGCACCUGAGUGUUCAAGAGUUCUUUGCUGCUCUCUAUGUGUUUUACUGCUAUAUAAGCAAGAAUAUGGAGGCACUGAAGUAUUUUCUGAAGAGAGGGACCAGAGCUGUGCCUAAGAAUGUGUCCUUGAAUAUGUUGCUUAAGGGAACAGUGCAUAAAGCCUUGGAGAGUAAGAAUGGACACUUAGAUCUGUUCAUCCGCUUCCUUCAUGGAAUUUCACUGGAGUCCAACCAGAAACUCCUACAAGGUCUCCUCACACAUACAAAGAACAACCCAGAGAGCAUUAAGAAAGCGAUCCGAAACCUCAAAGUGACCCAAAAAAAGAACGCUCAUCCUGAAAGAUGCAUCAAUCUACUGCAUUGCUUGACUGAAAUGAAUGACUGCUCAGUUCUAGAAGAAAUUCAAGCUUUUCUUGAAUCAAAGAAGUCUAAAACAAAGCUCACACUUGCACAGUGUGCAGCACUGGCCUACAUGCUUCAGAUGUCCGAGGAGGUGCUGGAUGAGUUUGACCCCAAAAAAUACAACACGUCAGAUGAGGGUCGUAGGAGACUGGUCCCAGCUGUGAGAUGCUGCAGGAAAGCUUUACUUGCUGGUUUGAAACUCACUGAACAGUCAUGUGAAGCUGUAGCCUCAGUUCUACAGUCAGUAAACUGUCCCCUGAGAGAACUGGACCUGAGUAACAAUGGCCUUCAGGAUUCAGGAGUGAAGUUUCUCUGUGCUGGGUUGAAGAGUCCACACUGUAAACUGGAGAUACUGAGACUUAAUCUCUGUAAACUCACUGAACAGUCCUGUGAAGCUGUAGCCUCAGUUCUACAGUCAGUAAACUGUCCCCUGAGAGAACUAGACCUGAGUGAGAAUGACCUUCAGGAUUCAGGAGUGAAGUCUCUCUGUGUUGGACUGGAGAGUCCACACUGUAAACUGGAGAUACUGAGACUUAAGCUCUGUAAACUCACUGAACAGUCCUGUGAAGCUGUAGCCUCAGUUCUACAGUCAGUAAACUGUCCCCUGAGAGAACUGGACCUGAGUUACAAUGACCUUCAGGAUUCAGGAGUGAAGUUUCUCUGUGUGGGGCUGGAGAAUCCACACUGUAAACUGGAGAUACUGAGGUUGUCUGACUGUUCAGUGACAGAGGAAGGCUGUUCUUCUCUGGCUUCAGCUCUGAGUUCAAACCCCUCACACCUGAGAGAGCUGGAUCUGAGCUACAAUCACCCAGGAGACUCAGGAAUGAAGCUGCUCUCUGACAGAGAGAAGGAUCCACACUGUCGACUGGACACACUCAAUGUGGAUCAUGGAGCAGAGUUCAGGAUCAGACCAGGAUUAAAAAAAUAUGCCUGUGAUCUGACACUGGACCCAAACACAGCAAACACACGCCUCUCUCUGUCUGAGGGGAACAGAAAGGUGACAUAUGUGAUAGAGAAACAGUCGUAUCCUGAUCAUCCAGAGAGAUUUGAUUACUGGUGGCAGGUCAUGUGUAGAGAGAGUCUGACUGGACGCUGUUACUGGGAGACUGAGUGGAGUGGAGAUUAUGCUGUUUAUAUAUCAGUGACAUAUAAAGGAAUCAGGAGGAAAGGAAGACUGAGUGACUGUUGGUUUGGACACAAUGAAAAGUCCUGGAGUCUGAUCUGCUCUGGUAACAGUUACACUGCCUGUCACAAUAAACAGAGAACUGACAUACCUGCCCCCCCCCCUCACACACACAGAGUAGGAGUGUAUCUGGACUGGUCGUCUGGAACUGUGUCCUUCUACAACGUCUCCUCUGACACACACACACUCACACACUUACACACAUUCCACUGCACAUUCACUGAACCCCUCUAUGCAGGGUUUUAUGUUGAUUGUUACUCCUCAGUGUCUCUGUGUCAGAUCAAAUAA